CGUAUAUUAUACAUGUAGUGUUGGGACUUCUGAAGAUAGAUUUAGAUGCCCAACCUUUAUUAUAAAUUUUCAUAAUUUUUUUCGAUGCAAGCAGUAUUAUUCUUUUAAUCGAAUCUAUGCAGCAAGUGUAAAUGCCACUUUUACGAUCAGCCUGAAAACUGUCACUUAAGGUGAUGACAACAACAAUGUAAACAAUCUUUACUGAAUUUUCACCGUCUGCACCUUGGUCUUGGAGUAACUAUAUUAAUAGUUACUCCAAGGUCUGCGCCUCCGUUUGCCUACCACAACGACUCAGACAAUUUCCCGUUGAUGCUAUUUUGGGGUUUCAAAUGGAAUGCACAACAUCUCUGAGAGCACACGAUCUUCUUCGUCAAAAGUUUGGAUCUAGUCCUUCUCGGUUCUCAGUCAGUCAACUCAAGUCAACAAAAUCUAGGCCUAGCCUGGGGGCACACUUCAAAUAGUAGGCUACCCACUUGCCACUUUGAAGUCGACAGAUUAAGGCAAGCAAGGUAGGCAGAGAAAGAGGCUUGCACGUGUUUAGGCCUACUAUUUACAAGGUGUGCGCUGUGAGCAGAGCGCCAACAUGGCAGACUCCAACACCAACACGACCCCCAGCAGUGAGGCCUCCACCCAGGGAGAGGACGUGUACUGUGACAAGGACAGAGCCCUUAACCUGCUUACAGGUUUCUCUCAGCUGUACAAGAACAAACAGUUUGUGGACGUGACGCUGGUGGUGGAGCACACGGCCUUCCCUUGCCACAAGAACGUGCUGGCGGCCUCCAGCCCCUACUUCCUGGUCAUGUUCUCCACCAGCCUGGCCGAGGCGCAGCAGGACCAGAUCACGCUCAAGGACAUGGAGGCUCGAACCCUGGCCCUUGUGCUCGACUACAUCUACACUGGACAGGUGACCUUAACAGAAGACACAGUGCAAAAUCUCCUGUCUGCGGCCAAUCUGUUCCAACUGAUCCCGCUGCGCGAUGGUUGUGCCGAGUUCAUGAUGAGUCACGUCACCGUGGCCAACUGUAUCGGCGUCUUCUUCUUCGCCAAAGCCCACCAAUGCAACGUGCUGGCCCUCAAAGCCAAGGAGAUCAUCAACAACAAGUUCCCGCAGCUGUGCAAGCAACAAGAGUUUCUGUCCCUGCCUGUGGACAAACUGGUGGAGAUAGUCAGCGACGACGACCUCAACGUGACGAUGGAAGAGACAGUGUACGAGGCCUGCAUGCACUGGUUGUUGCAGGACAGGGGGGCUAGGAGACAGCAUUUGGUACAGGUGAUGAACUGUGUGCGUAUUGCCAACAUCAGCUCCUACUACUUUUGCGACAAGAUCGACACAGACCCACUGCUCAAGGAAAACACGGAGAUGUGCAGUCUCCUCGACACUAUACGCUGUUACCACAUGCUCAAGAACCGGCAGCAGGAGAUGGACGUGAAGCUGAUGCCACGGCGCGGGAUGGUGUACGAGCGCGGCGUCAUGAUCAUCGCCAACCCGUACACGGAGGACAUCCUCAAGAAGUACAACAGCAUGGAGAUGUUGCUGCCCAAGACGGGCGAGGUCAUCCACAUCUGCAAGCUGCCGCACAGUCUCUACACCCCAGGCGUUGCGUCGACGGGGGACAACCAGAUCUACCUGGCGGGCGGUGCCAUCCGGAAGAUCAACUACCGCGGCACCAUCACCACGGAGGGCGUGUCCAACCAGGUGUACAUGUUUGACCAGGCCGAGGCCAGCUGGCAGCCCAAGGCCAAGAUGAACAUGAUCCGCUCGCAGUUCUCGCUGGUUAUAGUUGACGGGUUUCUGUACGCGGUGGGUGGUCAGGACGGGAACGAGAUCCUCAUGACGGUGGAGCGCUACGACCCGCACACCAACACGUGGACCAUGGUCCGCUCCCUCCCGCGCUGCCUGCGCUUCACCACGGGCGUCAGUUUCCGCGGCAAACUCUACAUCUUUGGCGGGGAGACCAAAGUGGACGUCAGUAACAAUGCUCUCAGGUACGACCCCACGGACGACACGUGGACGGAGCUGCCCCCGAUGAAGACACCUCGUGUCCUGGCUGGCAGUGUCGUUUUCAAGGACAAAAUUUAUGUGAUAGGAGGCAACUCUGCCAUCAGCGAGAAGUGGCGUAAGGAGUACCUCCCAGAGUUCUGCGUCACUUCGGUGGAGAUCUUUGACCCCGUGACAGAGGUGUGGUCUGAGGGCCCGUCAUUGGGCAAUGCUCUGUGUGGGGCAGGUGUGGUGAAGUACGGCGACAGUCUGCUGGUGGUGGGCGGGGAGGACGACAAGAGCUGGAUGGCUGGCGUCUGCAAGCUGUGCCAGGACGGGGAACAGGACACCUGGAUGUGGUCAGAGGGCCAGGAGCUGCCCACCGUCAUGUCCACCUUCGGCUGCGUGGUGGCCAACAUACCGCACGAGGUGCUCAAACUCCAGCACUGACCGUGGAGAGACUGGGGGGACCGAGAGGUUGUGCUGGGACUGUGAAGUGCUGAGUCAGAGAUAUUUGUUUGUGUGCCUGUGCUAAGGGCUGAAGUAUUUGUGUGUAUAUUCCAGUGACUGAGAUAUUUAUGAGUAUGCACCAAUGACAGGUGUUCUGUGUGUGUACUACAAGGCCUGACUCUGGGAUGAAUCCUGAAGGGGGGAGCAGAGAUGGACAUGUUCCGACUGCAGUAACCCCAACGCAGUGGACAAGUAAGACAAGUAAGACUACAAGGGCUGAGAUAAUUGUGUGUGUUCACCAAGGACAGGUGUUUGUGUGUAUAUGUUACAGUAAGAACACGUACCUAGUGAAUACGCGUAAUCACUGAAUAUUUAAGUGAAAACGCGUAAUCCCUGUUUCACUCAGAGAUUUCACGUAAUCACUGAAAUAAGCAGGAAUUACGUGAAAUCGCUGAAAAAUGGUCGCAGUAAUUACGCAUAAUCCCUGAUCAGACAUGUGUAGUAUAUGCAAAAAUUUAUUGCUUAAAUAGUCAGUUCGGUAACAGAUUCUCUCUCUCUUUCUCUCUCUCUCUCUCUCACACACACACACACACACACACACACACACACACACACACACACAUGCUCAAGAAUCUAAAAACAAAGCAUUUAAAAAAUCUAAAAAAUGAUCAUGCAAAUAGUCAGUUUGGUAAAAGAUACUGUAACUCUCUCUCUCUCUCUCCCCCACCCACCUUCUCUUUCUCUCUCUCUCUCUCUCU